AUGUCUCUUAAUGACAAAGUUAAAGUGAUUUGGAAAACUAAUUGCCAAUGGAGAGACCGACCGCACUGGCCUAAAAGAAGAGACUUGAAACUGAAUGAAAAUGACGGUAACGGAAAAGAACUGUCUGCUCUCGAACCUGGAGACGCUGUCAAAAUGAAGUUCGGUUCGCGAUGGUAUGAUGCCGAAGUAUGCGAAAAAUGGGAAUCCAGGAAAUCAAAGAAAGGUAAAUACUCUUAAAAGUCACCGCUUACUUCGAUACUGAGAGGAGGCACAUUCCCUUUCUUUGAGGCAGUUCUAAUGCCAUGUUCUUUUAUUUACGCAGGACAAACAAUCGUGAACAAACAUUCCCAGCAGAACAACCAGCAGAAUCCUGUUAGUCAAAUGCCAACCCAGACAGAGGUGAAUGCGCCUGUUACAGACCCAUAUGCUUUAUUCUUGGCGGAACAGCAGAAACGAGAGGCGAUUUGGAGUGUUAAUCAUGCCGCAAAGAAACCCAAGACUGCCGAUGUUGAGAGCCUGACAAUGAACACUCCGACAAAAAGGAACGACAGCGUCGCCACACAAACUCCAAGUGCCAAAACGCUCGCAAUCCACGUGGCUACCCAGACUUCACCGACACUGCAACAAUCUGACGAACUUAGCCUACUGAAGAGGGAACUGCAAGAAAGGGACAAAAGGUUAUUCAAGGUGAGUAUGUAGUUCUCCCCAAAUCAAGUUUACAAUUUUUAAUAUUCCAUUUCGCACUUAAACAUUCGAGUUUCUUCAACUUUCGAGUUCGUAGGUCAAGAUUCCAUGUUCACAAUUUAUCAAUUGAGGCUGCGUUGCAGCCGGCCCACGUAUCGUCUAGACCAUUAGUAGUUCCAGGCUGUUUUGAUGGUCUGUGACGCAGGCUAUCAAUCGAGUUGAUACUGGUUUAAAUUGAAUUCUGCCCUUUGUUCUUGCAGGCUGUGGAAAAGGUAGAAGAGACAAUUGCGUUGAUGCAGAAUAAAAUGACUGCAGCACUAGAAAGAAUCGUGGAGCGUCUGGAUCGCCUUGAAGCAGUACCGGUCAACUCAGAUCCUCUUGUAAAUGUAAGCAUUGCUUAUUAGAAAUAGUUUCAACUUAUUAGUUUGUUAUAAUAAUAAUAAGUAAUACUAGCUUACUUGAGUAAGAUCAUUGCCUCAUAAAGUGGAUGUACUUCUGGGUUUUCAUUUUCUUGAGUUCGAGUUUUGACAAGAAAUUUUAACAUAUUUAAAUACAGGGUUAUUACUCGGUAAUUGUGAUCUUUUUAAGCCAAAACGUGUUUUUGCAUCAAUUGAACAUAAUUGUUCAGUUUUGUUAUAUAAUGCUGUUAUUCAUUGAAACUGUUUUCUUGAUAGUGUUUAUAAUUAGAAUAGAGUAAGUAGAAAAUCCUGUUAAAAAGAAAUAUAUGUUUCAGCCUCUUUUACUUACUUCUCUUUUCUUUUUCGUUCCCUAUAGUUCAAUGACAGUACGUUACCCGCUGUUGAGAUGAUGGAGGAGACCCUAACAGAUAUAUCUACGAUCGAUGCCAAUGCACUCUGCACAUUAAGCGAGUCUUUCAGUACAACCUGCAGUCCAGUCGUUCCACAAUUGUCAGAGCAUCUUGCAUCCAGCAGUCCAGCUAUUAGACAUGUGUCUGCGUAUCCUGUUUCCGACAGUCCCGUUCAUGUAACCGGUGUGGUAACAGACGAACUUAUUAGGAGCUGCGUCACACCGAGAAAGGUCCACAGAGUCCGUGAGGCCCUGGAUGCUGAAUCAGAACGCGACAGAUGUGCUAUCAGGUUGCUGAAGCAGUUCUUCACAAAGGAGGAGCUUGCCAUGGGCAACACAGAAGGCAACUUCAAUAAAAGCCCGCUUGACCGGACAAGACUUCACUCGCUGAAAGGUACGUCACCUUUUAAGAUCUCGAUGCGGUUACCUCUUUAAGACUUCCGCCAUAUGUGGGUUGAGUUUGUUGUUGGUUCUCUCUCUUGCUCCGAGACGUUUUUCUCCGGGUACUCCGGUUUUCUCCUACGAUGAACCACUUUGUGGAUGUGCUACCUCCAAAUCAUUAUUUAUUAUUGAUAUUAUUUAGUUUGUUCGAAGCGCUUUACCCACUUAUAAGUGCAUUUUUCGGUAGAGGUUUUAUUAAAUAUUUUGUUUGCUUUUGUUUCAGUUCUGGUCUUCACAAAGUUUCCGGUUGGACCCGAUGAGGAUGAGGGCAAGUGCUGGCGAACCGUGAAAACCAAGAUAAAUGCCAAAUGUCGAGCACAGAGAUUUGCUAUUUCCGGCCGUAUCGGUAUCGAAAAUUUGCGUCCCAAUUAG